GCAAGUAUCAGGCUCUUGCUAAAAAGAAAAAAAAUUAUACAUCAGGGGAAGCAAAGUACGAGGUUGGAAAUGACGGUGCCACCAGCAACUCCCCCUGCCGCCGCCACAGCUGCAGCCGCCUCCGCCGCCCCAAUCAGACGGGUACUCAUCGUCGGAGCGACGGGUUUCAUCGGUCGGUUCGUGGCGGAGGCCAGCCUCGCCGCCGGCCACUCCACCUUCGUGCUCGUACGCGGUGGACCGCUCGCCCCUCCCAAGGCCGCCCUUGUCAAAGCUUUUCAAAAGAAGGGGGCCACUAUUCUUCAUGGAUCGAUUAAAGAGAAGGAAGUGAUGGAGAAGAUAUUGAAAGAGAACGACAUAGAGAUUGUAAUAUCGGCAGUGGGAGGCGAAGCCGUUCUUGAUCAGCUCCCUCUUGUGGAGGCCAUGAAAUCUGUCAAAACUAUUAAGAGAUAUUUGCCGUCGGAGUUCGGGCAUGACGUGGACCGGGCGGAUCCAGUGGAACCGGGGCUCCGGAUGUAUGAAGAGAAGCGGAGGGUGAGGCGAAUGAUAGAGGAGGCAGGGAUCCCUUGCACCUACAUUUGCUGCAAUUCUAUUGCCUCUUGGCCUUAUUAUGACAAUUGUCAUCCUGCCACUCACCCUCCACCGUUGGAUGUUUUGCCCAUCUACGGUGAUGGCACUGUCAAAGGUAUCUCAUUCUGACUUGACUUACGUUUA